AUGUUACCCUUCUUGACUGGCCUGGAAACUCACCGGACAUUAGUCCCAUUGAAAAUUUGUGGGCCAUAUGCAAGUCCAGAUUGGACAACAAAAACUAAGAUGAUUGAGGCUGUCAUUCAGGCAAAACUGGAGACAAAGGCACUGAAAGCAAAGAGACCAGGCUUCACUGAUGAUCGUUAUAAUGAAACAUCAUAUUAUAUAGAAAAUGGUUUGCGUAAAGUGUAUCCAUACUACUUCACCUUUACAACCUUUACCAAGGGACGAUGGGUGGGCGAAAGGAUACUGGACGUGUUCGCCAGAGAGUUUCGAGCUCACCCCGCGGAGGAGUACGAGCGCUGCAUUCAGGCAGGAACGCUCACGGUCAACUACGAAAAAGUUCCCACCGACUACAAACUCAAGCACAAUGAUCUUCUGGCCAAUAUCGUGCACAGACACGAAGUGCCCGUCACUAGCCAACCGAUCACCAUUGUGCAUAUGGACGAGGACAUUGUCGUGGUCAACAAACCCGCCUCUAUCCCAGUUCAUCCUUGCGGACGAUACAGGCACAACACCGUUGUGUUUAUCCUUGCCAAAGAAUACAAUUUAAAAAAUUUAAGGACAAUACAUAGGCUAGAUAGACUGACCAGCGGACUGCUGCUUUUCGGCAGGUCGCCCAAGAAGGCCAGGCAAAUGGAACACCAGAUUAGAAAUAGGCUAGUGAUGAAGGAAUACGUUUGUAGGGUGGAAGGAGAAUUUCCAGAUGAAAUUAUCGAGUGCAAAGAGCCAAUCGAAGUAGUUAGUUACAAAAUUGGCGUUUGCAAAGUGUCACCCAAAGGUAAAGAUUGCAACACAAUUUUUCAAAAAUUAGGUUUCAAUGGGAAAACAAGCAUCGUUUUGUGCAAACCCAAAACUGGAAGAAUGCAUCAGAUUAGGGUACAUUUACAAUAUUUAGGUUAUCCCGUAGUGAACGAUCCUUUGUACAAUCACGACGUGUUCGGUCCAUUGAAAGGCAAAGGCGGCGAUCUGGGCGGCAAGACCGACGAAGAACUGGUCAGGGAUCUGAUUCACAUACACAAUGCCGAAAAUUGGCUGGGAAUGGACGGCGACAGCGAACUGUCCAUGUUUAAUCCCAGGAAAGCUGACCUCGACGAUUCGCUGGUCGGGACCCUUGUGCCUAAAGGUACGCACACAAUUUAUCCCGACACCCAUUUUAACUUAUAUAACAAGUCGUGCGACGCGUCCGCCGCCUCUUUGCCGCCCUGCGAGCCGUCGCUCAGUCCGAACCCGCUGGCGAUCGCCGCGGCGUCGAUGACCGGCCGUCGAAGGACCGCCGCCAUGGACGCCAAGGUGACCGUCGCGACGCAGACGGGCCACGAGGCGCCCGAUUUCAGCUUCAAUCCGGACAAGAUGACGGUCGACAAGCACUGUUACGAGUGCAAGGUGCGCUACAGGGACCCGAAGCCGCAGGAUCUGGGUCCUGGUUGGGAAUUUGAAACUGAGCUUCCUGAUUGGGCACGCGUGGAUUGGAUAGACAUCGACAUAUUCGAAUAAUAAAAAAACGUAUUUAAAGAAAAAACAUACACAUCUUUCAUAGAACAUUUAUAAAUAAAGAAUAUAUACCUACCUUAUCGUGAAACCUGAACAUAAGGCGUCUCUAAUCCAUUCUGUCUUUCCAUGCUGUUAGAGUUUUAUAUUUAGGGUUAAAAACAAGAAAAAAUAUGCUCUAAGAGUAAAAGGCAGGGUCCAACAAAUUUUAAGCGUUAGUUUUUCUUUUGGAGUGUAAGAUAAUGCUUUUUGAUUAUUAUGAUGGUAGUAUUAUAAUUUGCUUUAGAAUGUAUAUAUAAAUCUGGUAAUGUUAAGAGUUCGUAAUUUUGCGAUAACAUUCAUUCAUAAAGGUAUUUCAGUGCUUAGAAUCUAUUAAGUUUGAAGAAGUCAAUAAAUAAAAUCAACUGUUUUAUAUGUCAAAAAAAUAUAAUAAAUUGUGGAAGUGAAAUAUAUUUACAGUCUGGUUCAUGAGAAUAAAAAACAGUACUGGAAUACAAACUGUGCCUUGAUGUGUGUUGUGACGUUAUUUGCAGAUCAAAAACGACAAAAUAUCCAAGUUUUCAUAUCAGCUUGAAAAAUAAUCGGACCCUUGCUUGAUGUUUUGUUUAUUGUUCGGUCAGGUUUUAUUUCAUGAGAAAAAGACGAUUUUAUUGACUGCUUUUAAAAAUUUUUUUUGAAAGCUGACCUACAAAACUAAUGUUUUAAGUACAUAAAUGUUUUUUUAGUUUUCGAGUAGUAAAGCACUGAUCUGGAUUGUUAUUUUUUUGUAGAAAAGGAUUGAAUCGUAUUGUGAAUUUGUCCCAUGUUUAGUUUCAGUAUUUUAAGACAGGAUAGCUAGUUUUAGGCCUGUUUGUUCUAUUUAUUAAAAGACAUAAUAAUAUUUUCCAAUAUACUGUUUUUCGUCAAAUUUUUGAUGUGGAAAAUGUUGUGAUUUUGUUCAUUUUUUUGGUAGUAAGUAUUUCUUAGUAUAUUUGUGAUAGACGUUUAUUGAUUUUUUAUGGUGUGAUUUUCUGUUGUUGUUGUGUUUCAUUCCAACUUCAUGGGAUUCUUAGUAUAAUUCCAUAAUGUAUAAGUGUUCUUUAUUAUAAAAAAACGUCAGUGCUUUCUAUUCUUAUAAAGAGUGUUGUAAAAAUACUUUGAGGGGGGCCAGUAUACUACCAAAGAAUGUGCAUAUCUCAAAGGAUUUUUAUAACGCUAUGUGUUUAUAUAAUGUUAUGUAGUGAAUUAAACAAUUACAGGAUUUUAGGAAGUACCAUUUUCGGGAAAAUUUUAUACAGAAAUAUUUUUGUAUAAUGCAUUGGAUUUCUCUAAAAGUAAACAAAAUGAAUAGAUUUUUAUAUUUACUGUAAUUGCUUUAAUCGGUUAUUAAUCGUGAUGUUAAGACAAAUAUAGGGACCUAUUCUACUUAAUAUAAGUGUGUACCAGUCAAAAAUAUAUUGUGAAUAAUCUAUCGCUUUUGCAAAACUUGUAAUCAAAAUUAUUCUUUUAUUAAUAAUUAUGUUACAAAUUAUGUUCCUCAUCUAUUAAAAGCUUCAAAUAGCGUCUAACUUUAAAAUCAUAUCUUAAAAUGAACUUAAAUUAUAUAUACAUAUAAAUUUUAAAUGAAAUUAUACAAUCCAAAAAGAGCUUAAACUAUAACUUUAGCUUUUGUAUUUUUUUUUUAAUUCUUUAACCCUUUAUUUAAAUAGAGUCCUCCAUAAUUUACUUUUGGAUUUUAAAGGAUUUUAGUGGGUUUAGGAUAGUGGGAAUUGGGAAUUUGUAAAAUGGUCGAUAUUUUCACAAAAAUGCAUUUUUGAACGACAAAAGUUUAUUAUGAAUAGAGUCGUGAUAAAAACGAUUUUAGGCACGGCGUUCUCUAUACAGAGAACGCCGAGUUUUAGGACAACAAAUUACCUAAAAUUCUUAAUGGGACUUUUUGGGCUUUUUCAUUUGUUAUGAAAGUUUUAUGGCAAAAAUGAAGUUUAAAGCACAAAACGGCGUAUAAAAAUGAUUUUAACAUAAAAUCACUUUUGUAGUUCAAAAAUUUAUGUUUUGAGAAUAUAUCGACUGUUUUGAGUCAACAAACUGCUACAGUACCUACAGAAAAGUAUCGCAAAUAACAUUUUUUUGUUUAGUAGCCAAUUUUCAGUUUUUUUAUGAAAUUUAAAAAUCAUUCAAACUGAAUUAUUAACACUUCAUUUUUUUAAAGAAUAGUUUGACUCAUUUAUUUAAAGCAUAUGGUCGAAAAGGUCAAGAAGCAAAUCUAACAAGAAUCUUAUUUUUGUCACCUAUGUCGAACUUUAACGUCGAAAAUAAAUACAACUGUACAAGAUAAGCCCAAAGUUGUAGGAAAUUCAUUAACGAACCUUUUGAUAUAUUUAGACUCAAAAAAUUCUUUAAUCUUCACGUUCAAUUUCGCAUUUACAAAAUUGCAAAAUUGUCAAAAACGAUAUUUUUGCUAGAAAACCAUUCUAGGAGUUGCUGAAUAAAAAAGAUACAUCAAUUAAUUAAUAACACGAGUUGGAACAACUUAAAACGUAUAAAUGAUACGUAAAAAGUCAAUGAAAUCGAAUUUAGGAACAAAAUUAUGAUUUUUGACCAUUUUGCAAUUUUUGUUGUAAAUGCGAAAAUAAACGUAAAGAUUUAACAAUUUUUCGAAUCUAAACAUAUUAAAAUGUUCGUUAUAAAAUUUCCUAUAACAUUGGGGGAGAAAUCGGGGUUAUCUCAUAUACGGUUGUAAGUAUUGAUUUUCGACGUUGAAGUUCGACAUAGAUGACGUAAAUGAGGUUUUCGUUAAAUUUGCUUCUUGACCUUUUCAAACAUAUCCUUUCAAUGAAUGAGUCAAACGCCUUUUAUAUAGCCUAAAAUUUGCGCAAUAUUUGAUUGUCCAAGAAAAAGUAAGAAUUGUUUAUUUAACAAAACCAAGCGUUAUUUUCAAUUAAAAAAAAACAGAAAAUUGGCCGUUACGCAAAAAAAAUCUUCAGCUGAACAGAAAAAAAUAUCCCAGCUUUGUUUCAAAAUCCUUCAAAGACGUUGUAACUCUUAAUUUACACAUUUUCGUGAUUUUAUGAUUUUUUGUGUGAAAGCUGCACUUUGUCUUAUAUAUUCAUUUAAAAUCACAAGGUGAGUCAUGGAGGACCCUGUAGCUUGCGCUUCCAUUAUGGAAGCUAGAUUUCGGAAGAUUUAAAAUAAAACGAAAAAUAUUUUCAUAAUAUAAGAAACAACAAUAAAUGUAUAUUCCUAAUUGUUAGUGUACCUAUUAGGUUUUCGUUACUCUGGUGAGAAAAAUGAUUUUAUUACCUACGACAAUCAUAAAAUCUACAACACCUUUUAUGAUUUACAGAAAAUAGUUUUUGUUUUUCUCUCAGAAACCAUGUUAUGUAAAGAUUCUGAAUUAAAAAAAUUAAAUUACACAUAAGGUUUAUAAAAGCGUUGUUAAUUCUAAAUCUAUUUUAUUAAAUAAAAAAGACAGUAUUGUGUUACUCGUUAUAGAAUCUUAAGUUUAAGUUACCAUUCACAGUAACUUAUUAGUUUGUAUUUAGCUGUUGAAUUUAAUUGUUUUAUUGCGAGUGAAUGGAUAAAACGUUAAUUUUAUGUACAAUUAUUAUAAUAUUGUUGCAACUUUAAAUAUUUGACACGAUAAUGUUUUUAAUUUCAUAGCUUGUUAUAAUCUGUGAUGAUUAUUGUUUAUAAAGCUAUGACAAGGUAUUUUAAGAAUAUAGAUAUGUAAUUUACAUUGUAGUUCAGGUGUGUAAUAAAAUUUAUUCAAAAACA